UCCGGGAUGCAUUUUGUUUUUACCACCCGUAUUCCCGCCGUAAGUCCCGCCUUCCUUCGCAAGGGAUUGGAUAGUGGCCCCAAAUAUUUCUGCUCUCCGAUUGGCCAAUAGUUCAUAAGCGUAAAAUAUCAGCUAAUGAUAGAGCAGGAGGGCGGGGUUUGUCAGAAUACGGUUGGGGACAGAAAAAUCUUCGAGUUUUUUUUAGUAGCAACGUAGCUAGCUAGCUGGCUGUAGAGAAAGCACAAAACCGAGGGUGGGAAAAAAAACCAAACAUCAGAACCAUGAGCAGCCAGAGCUCCCGAAACGAGACGACAGCUGCGGUGAACGGUCCCGACCCGGCCGCGGCGAGCUCCAGAGAGCGGAAACACGGCGGCGGGGUGGUGAAGAGGCUGAAAUCUCGGCGGAGCGCGGCGGAGCGGCGGCCCGUGACCGAGGACGAGCUGCGGGCUUCAGGCAGAGCCAUCACCCCGGAGGAAGUGCUCGCGCUCCGGACUGUCACGCGCGACUACCUCUGCAAACCCGAGGACAACGUCUACAGCAUCGACUUCACGCGCUUUAAGAUCCGAGACCUGGAGACGGGCACCGUGCUGUUCGAGAUCGCCAAACCUCCACACUGCGAUGUUGAUGAUGAAGAUGAAGAAAGUGUCGAUGUAGACACGAGCACCGGCCGAUUCGUUCGCUAUCAGUUCACACCGGCGUUUCUUAAACUUCGCACGGUUGGAGCCACCGUGGAGUUUACCGUAGGAGAUCGGCCCGUGAAUAAUUUCCGGAUGAUCGAGCGUCAUUAUUUUCAGGAGCGUCUGCUGAAGAACUUUGAUUUUGACUUUGGCUUCUGCAUACCGAACAGCCGCAACACGUGCGAGCACAUCUACGAGUUCCCCCAGCUCCCGGACGAGCUCAUCCGUCAGAUGGUGGAUCACCCGUACGAGACUCGCUCAGACAGCUUCUACUUCGUGGACAACAAACUGAUCAUGCACAACAAAGCAGACUACGCUUACAACGGGGGCCAAUGAUGCUGCUGAGCCACGACCAGGUCACGCUCGGGGGGUGUGUGAGUGUGUGUGAGUGUGUGUGUGAGUGUGUGUGAGUGUGUGAGUGAGUGAUUUCGUCAUUCCAUUCCUUCACCACAGCCAUCGUCACACCUCAUGGACUUCUGCUGAAGAAAGGAUCUCUUUCCUCCGUCGUUAUUCUGAGUAUAAAACUCCUUCCUUUCCAUCAGCUCGUAUUUUUCCAGAAGUUUCGUUCCAUCUGUUGAUUAUAAACAUGAAAGUGUACCAAAAAAACCCUCUACAACGUACCAGACAGAUACAGAGAAGUUAUAAUACACUACAUACAGACGGAGUUCUGACUUCAGCCCGGAGGUGUUGAUUCAUUUUCUCUAACAGCAGCUUUGUACUUUUCUCAUCUUCAGUUUACGCUGUUUUUCCGUUCCUUUUAUAAAAAGAGCGGCAGGCGAGAGAACAGGAAUUUGUUUCACUGACAUCCCAUGGCAUUAAAUUGAACUAAAAACAGAUAAAUAGAAUCUGGUGUUCUUUAAUGAAUAUAAAUUGCGCAUUUCUCACAAAUCGUUAAAUGCUAAAGAUAAACGUUAACGUUUACGCUCGAGAACGUGAUUCCAGUCUGUAACCACUGUCAUGCGUCAUAAACCCUGGUUUACGGUUACGAUUUGUUUACUUGGUGGUGAUUAAAGUGGCGGUGUGUAAUGUUCAGCGCCCUCUGUUGUGUGUGAGGUGAAUUACAGUUGUAAUAAAAACACUGAAGUGUCGCUUUUCUUUAUCCACCUACUUUCCUCUGUUCAGACUCCGUAUGUCAAGCGAAUUGCCUUUUAAGGGAAAAAGGGGUGGGGCUGAUCGGAUCUGGUUCAUCUGGAGGCGGGGCUUGUUAAAGCGAAAAUUAACCAAAAUACAAUUCUGCAUCUCUGGAAUUAUGUGUUUAUUUCAAAUUGAGAAAUGUUUACGUUUUAAAAUAUACACACAAAAAAAGUAAAUAAAAUCAUUUAUUUUUCUAUUAUUUUGAAAAAGAGUUCAAAACUAAUUCAGAAAUAAAGUGAAAAUGGCGCCAUCUUGUGUUCAAACUAGAAAUUAUUAAUUAAUUGCAUAAUGUUCUUUAAGAUUAUAAAUGAAGAAAUUAAAAUGCUGUACUCUUUGGACACAUUUUGAAAGAGUCAUAAAUAAUGGCACCCCAAGAGUGUCUCUUAGAUGUUUAAUGAAGAACGUAUGAAGUGUGUGUGUGUUAUAACUGCUCUGUAUUGGUCUGGUUUCUUACAUGGUGAUGAGGAGAAAAUGAAUAAUAAUCAAAUCCGAGGUGUGAUUUGUGUAAUUAGCGUCGCUCCAGGAUGCAGAGUCAGGAUGAUGAUGAUGAUCCUGAAAUCAGUCAGAGAGAAAAAAUCAGCUGGAACGUCAUUAACACUGUGUGUUAGGAGUGUGUUACUGUCUAAAUGACGGGUGUUCAGAUGGAUAUACGACCCCCUGAGUGGUGUGUGUGAGAGAGAGAGAGAGAGAGAGCGAGCUCCGUGUGUGUGUGAGAGAGAGAGAGAGAGAGCGAGCUCCGUGUGUGUGUGAGAGAGAGAGAGAGAGAGCGAGCUCCGUGUGUGUGUGAGAGAGAGAGAGAGAGAGAGAGAGAGCUCCGUGUGUGUGUGUGAGAGAGAGAGAGAGAGAGAGAGAGAGCGAGCUCCGUGUGUGUGUGAGAGAGAGAGAGAGAGAGCGAGCUCCGUGUGUGUGUGAGAGAGAGAGAGAGAGAGAGAGAGAGCUCCGUGUGUGUGUGUGAGAGAGAGAGAGAGAGAGAGAGAGAGAGCGAGCUCCGUGUGUGUGUGUGUGUGUGUGUGUGUGUGUGUGUGAGACAGAGAGAGAGAGAGAGAGAGAGAGAGAGCUCCAUGUGUGUGUGAUGUGUCUGAGUGUCCUCACCAUCACACGCACCUGUCUCCGUCGUUCAGCAGUUCUUUAGUUCGUGUCAUAGCAGGAUGUUAUUCUUCUGAAACACAGAAAAACGUCCAGAAUAUCGCACAAUUUGCUCUUUUUUCUUUCACCAGGAACUCGCUGAUGAUCAUCACAGACGAUUUAUUACAAUAUUGUACAGUCGGGAUAUUAUUAUUGAGGACACGAGCUUCAUGUACGGUUAAAAUACUGAGCAGAUGAACACGAAGACUUUUUAACAAAUCUAAUCAUGAGGCGGUUUUGUAAACGGAGAUAAACGUCACAGGAUUAUCGUAAUGGGAAAAUUCAUUAUUGACGCUAAUUGUGAUUAUAAAAUUCUCAGAUCAGAUCUUGGCUCCGCCCACUGUUUUGUGAUUGGCUCACGAUCUGUAGUUUGUUUCCCAAACAGAGCGAUAUUUUAUUUAGUUUUGUUUUUUUGGGAAAUGGAUUAUUAUCUCAUUAAAGACAAAUAAAACAAAAAUAAAAUCUUUUCUUAUUCCAGUCGCUCGAGAUGCGAAUGCGUGCCCGUCAUUUAUUCAGUUCCCGAGUUUAUUAAAUUCUACUCAUGUUUUGGUUCAUUUGGUCCUCUCCUGUCGCAGUGAUAUCUUGUACUGUAUUUCACAAUAUUCUCUUAAAUAUGGGUCCAAAACUGAUCUUUUUUAAAGGGAGAGUUUUGAAUAUUUACAUACAUUUUAAAAAUAUAUUCUGAAAUAUUUCUCUUCCGUAUGUGCAGUCCAUGAUGAUGAUGAUGAUGAUGAUAGAAUGUUGUGAUAUAUUGUGUACCUGAUUAUCAGCGCGUGUUCAGUAAAGUUCCAGCGUCUGAAUGAGAUUAUACAGAUUAUUAUAAAUUCGUAAUAAAUUCUAAACACAUUCCAGACGUACGAGCCGUUAAAUCGUUUUAUUCCUGACGUCGUGUCGAACGUUUUUAAUCCUCACGUUACUGAACCAACACUUUAAAGUGUUUUGUUUGUAUUUUUCACGUUUAUAAAGAAACCCCGGUGAUGUUUGGUUGCCAUGGCGCCCGGUGAGAAGCCGAGUCACGUUUCGUCCAGUGGAUAAGCUGGUUCUGUUUGUGUUACUGAGUUCUGUACAAUGUGUUCAACUGGAAACAUGUUUUAUAUACGUUAUUUUAUUUUAUUUUGUGCUACAGUUUCUCUUGUUGUUGUUGUUGUUGAUGAUGAUGAUGAUGAUGAUGAAGCCUGUAUCAGGACUGAACUGAAAAUAUCACAAAACUCCCCUAAAAAUCCCAGCAGAGAUAACAAACAAGCAGAAAUCUACAAUCCAAACGUCUUUAUUUUUAAAAACUGUUCAGAUGAUAGAAGACCGGUGUAUGUGAGAUGUUUUCAGGGUCACGUGUCGAUGAUUAGACGUGAGAUUACGGACCGUUUGAUGCCUUACAGUAGAUCAGAUUGUGAGCUGGAUCGGGGGAAAAGACACUAAACUGUUUCUGAAAUUCUGUCGGACUGAAAUGAUUUGUUUUCUGAUUCUAGUUUUGAAAAGAUUGUAUUAUAGACGAGAGAAAUUUAGAAGUUCGUUUGUCAUCAGUUUCCUUCUGUGUGAAUUCUAGUUGUUUCUAAUAAAUGAAGGAAAAUAAAACAUUUCAUUAAAAAGAGAUUUUCUGUCGUGAUUUAUGACUCAUGAGGACUUGUGAUUUAUUUCCCCAAUAAAGUACAACAAUCAGUUAAUCUCUUUAUCAGUCUGGAUGUAAUGAAUGUCAGUUUCUGCCUGGUUGUUAAAUACAUUAAGAGCAUUUAAAAACUAAUAUGUAUUUUUUAUGUUCACUUUAUGCUUCUAGAUUUGAUUCCUCUUACAAAUACCGUCAGUUAUUUGUACAAUUUUUAUAUCUAAUUUGCUUGGGUUUUUUUUUUUUUUUUU